GUCCCGACAGCCCUCGGAGCUGCAGCCGCCUUUCGCGCCCUCCUUGCCGACACUAUGCUCCAGUUCUUACUUGGAUUUACUCUCGGCAAUGUGGUGGGAAUGUAUCUGGCUCAAAACUAUGACAUACCAAACCUGGCUAAAAAACUUGAAGAAAUUAAAAAAGACGUGGACGCUAAGAAGAAACUCCCUAGUUGCUGAAGCCAACUCCAGCACUGCCUUCUGGAUAAACUGUCUACUGUUCUCCAGGGCCUCCUUUACCGUCUGAACCAAAAGCUUUUGUUUUAAUCUCCAGCCUCAGCAGUUUUCGUUUUCGCUAGACCUUGCAUUGCCUUACAGCACAAAAGGGACCAGAAGUUAAGAACGACCCUUAUUUCUCCAACAUCCUCACUUCUUCCCUUCCUCCUUCCAGCCUCUUGGGAGGUCCUGAGAAUGGAAUCAUGGUACUCGAUUAGUUAUCAUACCUUUAGUUAGUAGUCUCUCCCUUAUUCUUUGAGAUUUCUACUACCUUUUCCAAAAGAAAAAUGGAUGAGUUUUGUGUAGUUGAUGAGAUCCAAAUAAUGCGUGUUUCAGAGUCUGGUAAUUAUAAUGGGUUUUUAAACGUUUGGUACUAAAUUAUGUUGUUUCACAGUAGUAAUUAAAAUGAAAAUCUGGAAGCUAAAAAAAAAAAAAAA